AUGUUGGAUAGCGGUACGACCUUGCUGUUGUCGAUAUGCGUCACGCUGGCAGCGGUGGCUGCGAUAAUAUGCGCUGCCAGCUUGGCAGUUGCAUCACCCUGGUGGCCUCACCGCCGACGCCAUAACAAGACCCCCAUGGGUGUCGUGUACAGAACGAUUAAAGCCCUCGCAAUUAUCUCCCCCAGCGGGCCCACACGUCAUCGAGACAGCACGCACCGCUGCUCCGUGUUCGCUGAGAGUCAUUCUUUGCCUCUUCGCUUCCAACAUGAAAAGUUGUAUGGGUCCACUAUUCCCCACCGCAGUUCUUCCAGGUCAUCGAUUUCUUCUCUUUAUUCGCCCAAUGCCCCAUCCGUCCAUCGGGGUUCCAUAGGAGAGAUGGGUGCGGCGAGUAACAAGGUCACCACUGUAGGAGGCUAUCUGGCACCUCCUGCGAUGCGUCAGAGGUCGGGAUCAACUUCGUUGCUUCACGAUAUUGCCAGAAGAGGGUUUGAGGGGCUGACCACAGUUCCACCCAUUCCUGCAUUCAUGUCAACCGUGAAACCGCAGCCUGACAGCUUCCUUGCCGACGCUCCGACUGCUCUUCAUAAUUUGCGUUCCCCACCUGGAAACGAAAGCCACAGUUCAAUCGAGAGUUGGACAACCCUUCAAACUAGUGAACCUAAAAAAGCAGCCGAUGUAGAUCCCGAAACGCAGGAGAGGAGAAAAUCACUUCACAAGGCACGCCGAAAAACACUGUGCUCACUUCCACAGAAGUCAGUCGCGAAUGAAUUAGGCACCAGCCUUUCUGAACUGGCGUCAAUUUUGGGAACUCAAGUUAGCAAAUCGUCACACACUUCUCCAUCUCGCAUGAGAAAUGUUUCCUCAACUAUCCGUGCACCCAGCUGCAUUCUGCCGACUCUAAGUUUCUCAGGCGAUCCAGCAUUCUCAGUCGCAGAAGCACCAGGUGGAACCAUAAAUUAUCGCGUCUUCAUCGAUGCUACAGGGAAGGACAAUCUAGCUGUCCGAGUGCAUCUUUAUUCCGCAUCAAAUCUCCCUUCGGAACGUCCGUGGAAAAACUCCAACUACGUUGUCAAAGCUGCAUUGAUUGGUUUCAAGUCCCAUUUUGUGCAAACCAGUGGCCCGGUUACUGCAGCUUGUGGAUCACCACGAUUCUCUGAAGGGAAUCCAUCAGUCUUAGACUUUGUACUUGACUGUGGAAUGCCUUUUAACAAGUCAGAUGAGGAAAUAAUUUUGAACCUGAUGAUAAUUGAGUUUGCUGGACGAAAGCUUGGCGACAAAUCCGUCGUAGUUGCAACCACAGAGUACAAAUUCAGUCACCUUACUCUAAACGGAAAGUCUACACUGUCAACUGAUAUUAGGUGGGAACGAUGCAGGCCAUCAAUCGACGUUUACCAACUAAGAGCGGAUGUCCUGACAUCCCUAACGCACAAAGAGACAGAAGGGUGCCUGCGAUUUGAAAUGAAAGAAAUCAGAAAUCUUGGGUUCCGUUUGGUAUCCGAAGACCUGACCCUGUCGACUGGUACAAGCCGAUCAUCCAGAAGAAGCUCUCUGUACCCGACUAAACUCCGCCUUAGAGCUUGCCUGGUUACUAAUGGAAGAACAACAUGCAUUCGCAAGGGAUUCAAUAUACGUUUGCCGACUGACUUCGCAGACAGCGUGGUCGACACCAGCGAAUCCCAUCAAGCCUCAACGAGCAUGACGAACGCGCUAGUUUUGAAGGACCACGUCUUCAGCAGCAGCGAACUAGUAGUCACCUUCCCCCCUCUCUUCCCGCUGGGCCUAGACAAACAGGAGGCGUUCAGUAGGGCCGGAGUGCGCCCCAUCAGCUGGCGCAUCUUGGCCUACUUUGUCCUCAUCCUCGAAGACACCGCCGCGCACCAACUGGCGCUGAGACGGGCUCGUGCCAUCGGCUGUUGCUGCCUCGGCUCCAAUGCACAGGAGGAGCCAACGAACGACAGUGGCACCAGGCUUCUCUCCACCUUAGCAACUGAAAGUUCGCAGUGUCAAGUAUCCCAGUGGAUCCACGUAGAGUAA